UUCAUCUUGACACUCGAGACUAAAAUACGAUCUGUGUGUAUUGAUCAAGUUGGCAUUGGUGAAAAUAUCAGAUUUUGACUAUGACUCACCAAAGGCUGUUGGAUUGGAGAAAUCUUUUGCUACUCAUCAGCCAAUAGCACGUGCUUAAUUAUUAUGGUAUUUCAUAACAGUUGAACAGUUGUGUAUACGGAAUUUUAAUAGUUGAAGUAUAUUUUUAAUGUUAAGUCAUUGAUUUCAAUCAAAAAUUCACAUUUAGAGCAAGCAUAUCAUAAUUUUUUAAACUGUAAUUCUUUUUUUAAAUGGAUUACUCACAUUCAGAAACUGAAAGCGAAGCAAGAGAUAAAAAGUUCCGGAUGAAUGGAGUGUUAUAGUACUCAGAAUCUAUUUCUUUAAUAAGUAAUUCUACAAAUGUUAAAUUCCAUAUAAAGACCAGAUAUGCAUUCCAUCCCUCGACAGCCAGUCUCUGUUCUCCCUCUGCGCUUCUACAAAACUUCUUAGAGUUGCCAUAUUUAUCAGCAGACAUGCAGGGGUGCAAGGUCUGCUCCUUAUCGCUAUCACCACAAUACACUUGAAGAAUAUCAUGGAUGAUGACAAUAAGGUAAGCGGUUUCAAAACUGAGCAUCUUUGCUCUGAAGUAAUGUUGCAGAAGCAAGAGUCUACACCAAACAAUAAUUUACAUUUUGAAAGUGAGCGUAUCAAGACCUUUUCUUCAUGGCCUGUUCAUUUUCCUGUAGAUCCUGCUCGUUUGGCUAAAGCUGGAUUUUAUUAUACUGGAAAUGAUGAUGAGGUGGUUUGUUUCAGUUGUCAGGGUCAUGUUAAGGACUGGAAUUAUGGUGAUGUUGUGUUAAGGAAACAUGCUGAAUUGUAUCCACAUUGUGAUUUUAUUAAUAAACUGUCUAACAAUGUACCAAUUGGUCAUUCUUCAAGUAAGAUUAAAAAUGAUACUUUAAAAACAGAACUAAUUACAAAAAGUGUAAUACAGUUAUCCCAAAGUAAGAAUGAUUUUGAUUAUGAAAAGAUGAAAUCCUUGUCAGAACGUCUGAAAACCUUUAUUGGAAAGUGGCCAUUAACUUAUAUUGAUAUGAGACAAGUUGCUCAUGCCGGUUUCUUCUAUCUGGGCUGUGAAGACAGAGUGCAGUGUCCAUAUUGUAAAGGCAUUGUAAGUAACUGGGAAGUUGGUGAUGAUCCAUUAGAUGAACAUUUGAAGCAUUUUCCAGGAUGUGGGUAUUUAUCUAAUUUUAAAUCUGGAAUGCAGUCAUGCUUUCAUAAUAGUUCUGAAGAUGUCUGUGGAAACAUGAAAAGAAACAAUACCUCUGAGUCAGUGAAGUGUCGACUUUUAGAUGAAAGUCAGCAGCACAUAAAUCUCCAGAAAUUAGGAGUCCAUUUGCAUAAAGGUCCAACGCAUCCUCAACAAGCUUCACUAUCUGCUCGUUUGCGAUCAUUUGUUUCAUGGCCUUCAAAUGUCCCUGUUUCAAAGGAAGAUUUAGCUGAGGCAGGAUUUUUUUACAUCGGAAUAAGUGAUCAUGUUAAGUGUUUCCAUUGCAAUGGAGGACUCUGCAAUUGGGAAAUUGGUGAUGAUCCUUGGGUUGAGCAUGCCCGAUGGUUCUGCAACUGUGAUUUUCUACGAAUGAACAAAGGAGAAGCUUUUAUUGAAUCAUGUUUGCAAAAGUACAAUGCAUCAAUGGAAAAUGUUCAAGUGCAGUCUUCGUCUGUUCAGCAUUCUGAGUCUCUUCUGAUUAAAAUAGAUGAAGCUAUGAACUCAAAUUUGGUGAAAUAUGUCUUGGAAACUGGUUUAUUUCCAAAAUACAUUGUUAGAGCUGCUAUCCUUCGACAGAUAAAUGAAACUGGUUCUUCCUUCUCAAAUAUUGAUGAUUUAUGUGUUGCUGUAUCUUACCUCAAAGAAGAAAUGGAAAAAGAACCUAUCAAAAUAAAUAAUUCUGAAGAUCUGAAUGGAUAUUUGUGUGAAGAUCUGACAAAGUGUACCAUUAAUCCAGUCAACAUAGAUUUGAGAGAAAUUUGUUCUGAAGACCAGCUUCAGAAACCAAAUAACACAGGAAUGUCACACGCGGGAGAUGGAUCUCUCUCUAAUGACCAGUACCUCUGUAAAAUAUGCAUGGAUAAAGAAGUAGGUGUAGUGUUCCUGCCAUGUGGACAUCUUCUUGCCUGCAUUUCAUGUGCCCCAUCUCUUAAAUUGUGCCCAAUGUGUCGAAAAGUUAUAAAAGCUACAGUUAGAGCUUACUUACCCUAGAUAUUUGUAAUUAAAUAUAUCUAUUUAUUUUAUUUUUGUAAAUAUCAAAUUAACAGUAAAAAGCUAUAUGAAAGUUA